AGCCAACACACUUCUAAGAUACCCCCCUCUUCCAUGGCAUUGAUUGGGUUGGGUUUUGUCAUUAAAAGUUUCUAGUAGAGUAGUACCAUGACGGCAUCUUCUCCCUUUUCUACCGGUAUGAGUGGUAGUGGCAGCAGCAGUUUAACGAGACGAGAAAAGCUGUUGCUGUUGCUGAUUCCCACGCUGUUUGUGCUGGGAUCCAACUUGAAGUCCUUUAUCAGUGUGAAUCAAUCCAAUACCAACAUUAUUGUGGAACAUGUCGAUGUCUACACAGAUACUGCUACUACUAUAGAUAGAGACGAGCCGAACCCAACUCUGUAUCCUCCUCCUUCCAAAGAAUAUGAAGAGCAAGACAUUGUGGUGGCCAUGGACAGUGGCGUCAUUGCCAAAGAGGAACACAAUCUACACAAAGAAGAAACUCAAGAAGAACGGAGAGAAGUGCAACUGGCAUUAAAAGCACAAGAGCAGCAAGAUGAGAAAGAUAAUCAAGAUCAAGAAGAAGACAAAGAUACCGAACAAGAUAAUGCUCAGGAAGAUAAUGAAGAAAAUGCUACCCCUGACAAUGUCAAUGCCAAUACAAAGACGAACAAUCAAAACGAUGAUGAUCAUGUUACUCCUGAUGAAACCAUACAAAUACAAACGAAAGAAUAUCAGCCAGAUUCAGAUUCAAAAACUCUACAUGUAGAACAACCAGCAGAAAAAGCAGAAGGAGAAGGUCAAGACACCCAGCUGGAAUCUUCCAAAACUGACACUACCACCAUUAUUCCAAUCCACAACAAGAAUACUACCGAUGCCGAGAUUGCCUUUUAUCAAAACUACGUGUCCGUCAUUGGACGACAAGACUUUAGUAAUAUGAUGGUCUGGAAUACCCGCGAUCGAACGCAUCCUCUUGGCCGAUUUUGGGGAUUCUGGGAACGUCUCUCGUAUUUCAAAUUCCCCAAAGAAAAGGAUCCCGAUAUUCCCGCUCGACGAACCAUGCGUCAUGCCAUUGUCCGGGUCGAUACUGGCAUUUGUCGUGCCGCUCGCUAUUUUGCAUCUUAUCGCAGUAAACGGGCACCAGGUGAUACAUGGCCCCAUGUCCUCUUGGUCGCCAUGCACGAAGAUUACGGAGCCUUUUCCUCGGCCAUUCCGGGACGGACCGGGGAUACCAAAAACUUGCAUGAGGAAUGGAAGAAACAAAAAUGCAAUGAACGCAUGAUUCUGGAAUAUAUCAAUCAUCCCGAGACCUUGGCCAUUUUCACGUGUCAAUAUCAGAUUUGGAAUCAUGCCAAAAUUCAUUCCGUGCCAUUGGGCAUGCGCUACGGCACACAAGCACGACAAAUUCUCAAUCGUGUUCGGGAGAAACGACAGAAACUACAAAAGAACAAGUACAAGGGACGCACCCAACUGCUCAUGAUGAAUUCCAAAAAACGCAAAAUGCGUGCCGCCGUCAUGGAUGCCGUACUCGAGAAAUUCAAUGCUUCUGGUAUUCCACUCAAGAAUACGUACACCACCCGCGGAGGUCUCACUGGCUAUUUGGACGAAAUGCAAGCCGCCAAAUUCAUCAUGUCACCGUCCGGGACGGGCAUUGAUUGUUAUCGGCAUUGGGAAGCCUUGUUGAGUGGAUGCAUUCCCGUCAUUGAAACGUGGAAUCGAACCCAUACGGAUGGAUAUUUCAAGAGUUUUGAUCAUUUGCCCGUGGCAUUGAUUGAUUCCUAUCACGACCUGACACCGGAAUGGUUGGACGUACAAUACACCAAACUCAUUCAGCGAACUGAUUACGAUUGGACCAAGUUGACGGCAUCAUGGUGGAUCGAACUGAUUCAGUCCUAUCUGCCAGCCGAAUAUAAACAACAACCACCAAAACAACAACAGCUACCAUCCUCCUCAGCGAUCAACAAGAAGGAAAGGAAACGACAAAGGAGGGCAUAGUUGAACUCGACUCGACUCGCACCAUCGAGAUAUGUGCGUGCUUCCGCGCUACAAUACGUGAACAGCGUGCUCGUGGACCGUCGAUCUUGCCACGAUGACUGCACUGUACACAAAAGAUGACAACAACGACAACAACUCAACUUCGGAAAGACCACGACCACCGCCCCGGCGUGAAAAAAAGUUGCGCAUCUGCCCUAGCAUUAGUCUACUCGAAUCGGACAGUGCUUCAAGUGCAACGGUCUGCCUGGAAUCUUAUAGGUAGCCUGUGCAGAGCAGAGGCUAACGCAGUGGCAGCUCGCAUAACUCGCUACUAGUUUGAGUUUUACAGUAACCAUUGCUUAGCUCGAAGCUAUUUGGGCCAGUUUCUUCUUCCUCAGACGUUAUACUCAUUUCUUUCGAACUAGCGUUCGUCAUUUCCGUGAUGGGAAUCAUUUUCAGAAGCGUCUUCAGCGCUCAAGUACACCCCAGGGAAUGGAAGUUGCAGGCGUGAGGCAGCACGGUUGAUGUCCCUAGGACUGAUAGCCGCAGUUCCUUCGUAUUUGAAUGCUGUAUCUAGCAACCAUUCGGUGAGGCCAAAGAGACGAUCACAAAUCUUGGCCGCCACCGAAUCAGGAUCCUCUAUUUCAAAACUAAAUCCUGCCGCGCGCAUCAAAUGGAUGACAAGGCGCCGCUCCGUCCCCUUGUCAGUGUCCCUAUCCGAAGCAUGCGUCGGGUCUUCAUAAAGCCAGUAAUGCAGGAAUUGUUCAAAUGGCAGCCCAACACGAAAAGCCUUAUCAAGGUCUGAGGCUCGAAAGGGUUCAGGUGCCUCCAAGUUUUCGGAUUGAAGAAGCAUGAUCAUGAUCGCAGCUCUCAGUAGUUGAAUCAUGUUGUAUUCCACAACACGAGCGACGGCGAUCAGCGUGUCGCGUCGUGUGCACGUUAGUCCUUCCUUGCAUACAAUCUUGGCUACCAAGGCACCCCAGGUUUCUAGACCAAAGACUUUCAGGAUGUAGGACUUCUCACCAUCAAAUUCGAUGUAUCCAAAGUUGUUUGCAACGUUGUUUGUCUCAAAAUGAUGCCCUUCCUUGUGCUGCCUGACACUUGUAAGGAUGUGUGCUGAGAAGGCUUGGCUACGAUUCGUCUGCUGAUACGCGUCCCAAUCGUCCCAAUCGUCAUCCCAAUCGUCGCAAUCGUCG